AUGUACCCCUGUGCAGAAGUGCGCUCGGGCGGCUUGCGUGAACCCUGGAAACAGCAACGCAGCCUCAACGAGCGUGAUCUCUUAAGUGUGACGAAUUCAUAUGGCGCCAACGACUAUCGCCUGACCAAUACGAACCGCCUCUACUCCUCUGCGGAUCGUGAUCGCUACGACCUGCAUCGCGAACGCCUAGAACGAUAUCCGCUCACGCGAACAGCUCGAUUGGAUGUACAGCAACACAACACCUACAACAGGACAAAUCACGAUCGACAAUCAACGGUCACUGGAAGUGGAUUGUAUACGGCGCGUCGGGCGCCUUCAUUAGUCACGGCUACGGCAACCUCUGGGGGCGGUGGUAGCAGCAACAGCAGUGCUGGUAGCUACCACCACCAAAAAGCACAACAGCACCAUAUGAAUCCACAAAUUGUGAUUGACGAUAAACCAUUGCCGGCAAAUGCUUAUGAACGCUAUAGCAGUGGGACUGGUACGCGCAGUGAAGAGAGUAGUGUUAGGCGAACAAAUACCCCUGAGACUGGUAGCCUCGGACGAGAUCGCCGUUUAGUCACGGAUCUCUAUUGGGAUGAAAAUCUCACAGCGGGUAAUGCAGCGCAAGACUCGAGACGCUACACAGAGCGCAGAAUAAAGAAAACAGUACGAUUUGAUGGGCACGAUGAUCCGUUGGUAACAACAGCAAGUGUCGUAAGCGGCUCACUGCCACCAGUUACACAAAUUCUGCCUUCAACGGCUAUGGAAGUGGGAGCUGCCACUAUACUGACCAGUACCAAAUUAGGCGCAAACGCAAACACUGCCAAUACGAUAGGCAUUUCGGAUGCGGCCGCUGCCGAUUGGACACAUUGGGACGCUGAACGACAGGGUAGCCAGGAUUCGGCAACCAAAGACUCUGGCAUCGAUACCAGCAGCACGUUCACGAGCAGCGAAGACUCAAAUCGUGGUGAUGGGCCAAAGCAACCGGUGAAUUGGCAAAUAUCCGCGGAUAACACUCACAUGGUUGGUCACAUGAUAUUAAAAAAGUAUUACGACGGUGAGGAUAUUCUCGGCUUAAAAAUCAUAGGCGGUCAGCAGCUUGCGACAUCUUCACCGGCAACAACGGACUCCAGCGGGAAUAGUGAGAUCAGCGGUUGCGGUGCGAUCGUGGAAAAAGUAAAGCGCGGUUCAGUAGCCGAUGUCGAAGGGCAUAUACGAGCAGGCGACGAAAUCAUUGAAUGGAACGGUCGAGCGCUACGGAAUAAGUGCGCGGACGAAGUUUACCAGAUAAUCGACGAAAGCCGCUUGGAUGCACAGGUGGAAUUAGUUGUUUCACGUCCCUUGACCGUCAAAGUAUCAGGAAGCAACGCAGCACGCAGAGCUGCUGGCCAUCAACAGCCGCACACCGCCUUGAACAGCCAAAAUCUCACAAGCACCAUUGCUAACAGUGCUGUGGUCAGCAGCGGCGGACGUUAUUAUUCACGAAAAGCACCUGCAACCGAUGCCAUCGACAUCCACUGCGACAAGCCGAGUGUUUUAAUAACAUCGCCCGGUUCGCCCGAUUUCCACGCCACCACCGGGGGCGCGCGCACCUUUCGGCAAACGAAUGUGCAGCAACGUGGCUACAGCGGCGGCGCCGGAACGUGUCAGCAGCACUCAACGCAGCAGCAUAAACCACAACACCAACGGCUGGUACCGAACGUCGCGAACACAGCCAGUGCAGCAACAGCCGGUUCACAAGCCACAACGACGGCGAGCCACCACCAUCAUUGUCACCAGCCACCACCGCCACCGCACACGCACCCACAUGCCGCUGCACACCACUUGCCCACGGCUCGUAUGCGCGAUUGGAGACUUGAAAGUGAUACUUUCGAAAAACAAGCUCUCGGCAACAAAACCAUAUUCGAGUUCAGUACCAAAUCAUUAUUCUUAAAACCAUUAAUUGCUGCAUGCUUUAACAUCUAA